UCUUAUCGAACGUAGUAUGCUUUUACAGCGCUUGACUCAUUCUCAUAUAUUGCGGCAGUUAAGCCAAUGAAUGUCAAAUCCGCAGCUGGCUUAGUUAAUCCGAAAAACCACAAUAUCAAAGGCAGAUACAAUAAUUGUAUAAUAGCUUCUUGCAAUCCUUACUCACUCGACUGUACGUCGGCCAUGGAGCCUACACACGCCUGUAUAAAAAAUGCCACGAGCCAUUGAUCGACCACAAUUGUACGGGCUCGUCCAGCCAACAACGCACGUAAUAUAUAAAUGAGAUAAAAAGAAAGCAGAAAAAGAUAGAAAAGACAUAAAAGCGAAACCAUGCCACGCUUGUAUCACCCGCACGCUUGGUGAUACGCGGAAGCUGAUCAGGCCCGUGCGCCCUCUUUCUUCUCCCCAGGUCACAACAUGUCGGGCGUCGACGGGAACAGCACCGAGGGCGAAUCAGCUUGCGGUCGGGGCCCCGCUCAGACUGGGGCCGGCUGCUAUCGAAACUACGAGCAUUACGGGCCCUCGAAGCACAGGCGAAGUAACUCAUCCUGCUUCCCCAAUCUCCAGAACGACCUUUCAAACACGCCUGACAGCCCCAACAGGCGGCUUCUCGACUUUGCCCAGAACAUAUCCAGCAACCAGGCGGACCAUUACUAUCACGACCAGGUGCCGAACCAACAAAUCAACCAGUCUAUCACUACGCCCAGCGAAGAAGAUAAAAAAGAUAGAAGAAAAGUCAAGCAGGAAUCCGACAAAAUCGAGAAAAUCGAUGAAUUUCCUAGCGAAUUCGAGUGUUGCUUUUGUACUACUAAGGAGUACAAAGAGUACAGAGACGCGGAGGAUAUAAUGCCGCUGGGAACGAGUGAUUUUAAGAACACCGUCUGCCAGGAAAUGAAGUCACUACGCGACGGUAGCAUCGAUCAGACAACGCUCUUCAAUGAGAUCCAGCAACUGCAACUCCAACAGCUCCAGCAACUCCAGCUACAGCAGCUACAGCAACAGCAAUUACGUCAGCAGCAACAGCAGCAUCAGCAGCAGCAACAGCAGCAACAGCAACAGUUGCAGAUGAAUCAGCCGCUCGUAAUAAUGGCGGGACAGCAUCCACAGCCUACCGAAUCCUCCUUAGCUUUCAGCAAGAAUUACAACGAGCGGGGUAGUGUCGACAGUUCGGAUACCUACGCCAGCUGCCAAACCCAUCCCUUUUACUCCGAGAGCGACUUGACGGAAGAGACGGACAGCAAUUUAUAUGUGAAUCCACUGGAAGGGAGCACGGAAAAGAGUCAUACGAACGCUUGCGUGAAGAAAUCGGCGUCUGGCGAGAUAACGCACGUGUCCCUCAAUAUCUCGCCUAGUGCCGAGUCCCUCAAGGAAAUUAAUGCGCCCAUCAAAGCCGGCAGUAAAGCAAGUGCAAACGAGGCUAUACCAAAGCACAGGAAAUCCCGAAUUCAACAGAGCAUGCAGCGCCCAGUGACGCAAGUACCGACCAGUGGAACAGACUCAAGUGGCUCGUCGACUAUACGCGAUGACUUCAUCGGUAGCAGAGAAAAUAACAAUAAUCAACAGCAAUAUAGCAACAUCGUCGGGAUUGGCAUUGGGAGCGGAGCCGCGGGCAACGGACCUCGGGGUGGACGCGCCUCGCAGUUCCCUCCGGUCAAUAGUUUCGCCUCGGCGACGCGCAUCAUAAACCAUCACCUCUUCGGGACGAUCGCAAGUUCCAAGCACAACACCGGAAAGACCGCCACAAGUAAACUGUCACUGUCCGUCGAUUCGAUAGACAGCGAAGCAACGCCGUUCAUAGAAAGGCAUCGCAUAUCGAAAUCUAUAUUAAAGAAGUCCGAAAGCAGCAAUAACUAUUAUAGUAAUGCCGGUGAUGACUCGGACACCGAGAAGCUCAUUGGCUGUGACAAUAUACUCAGCACGACAGCUAUGUGCGACAACGAUGGUGGCCUCACAUUCAUGGGCAACGCAUUUUCCAAUGUUUAUGAAGAGAAGCAAGCGCGCGAUGAGACGUCGCUGGAGAACAAGAACAAGCGGGCGUUCGAGGAACUUCGUAGCCUCAAGUUAAAACCUCGCUUCAAGGACCCACCUGAGGUCCAGUCACAGCGCGAGAGCUCCAAUCAAUCAAUACUCCUGAGUUCCCUUAGACCUCAGCGGCCCUCUAAGAAGCUCAGCAUCCAGAUUGAUAAGCGUCACGCGCACCAGCAUCACCACCAGCCGCAGCAGCAGCAGCAGCAGCAACAGCAGCAACAGCAACAGCAACAACAACAACAAAAACAACAACAACAACAAGGGAACGCUAGAUCUGUUCCCGGUCCCGCGGCCAACUGUCUUCCCCAAGACUAUCGGACGAUCUCAUAGCCAGCCGAAGGUUUUGAGAUCUGACGAAAAACCGGCAAUGCUCACUCCGAAGAAAGGACCGAGCCACGGGCGCGUC